GUUCAGCCAUAAACCAGUACAUAUAAACCUGGAGGCGAGUGGCUGUGGACUCAGUGGGGAUCAACUCUAAGGAUGAAGCAGUCAGUGUUGUUGCUGCUGGCCCUGCUGGCUCUGUCCUCAGCCAGUCUGCAGGACAUCGUGAAGAAGAGCUCACAGCACAGGAAAGUUUCCUUACUGAACCCAGAGCUGGAGGGUGUGGUGCCUGAACCAGCUGGCAACGUGGUGUCGGGUCCUCUAAAUCCUGCUGACCUGGAGCAGCAGCAGGAUCUCCCUUCCUCCUACAUGUUCGGUGAUAACGUCAACCUGGAGUGGCUGACCUGGGGCGGCUCUGUGCCCAACGGAGCUGUUGCAAUCUACAACGGCUACACCGAGCGCACCGACUACGUCUGCAAGUACAAGUGUGAGGCCGGCUUCUACAACCCCAGCCUGGGCCCCUACUGCCGUUACCCCUACGGAAACAAAGAGUACUACGCCCCCGAGUUCGAGAUCCUGGCCAACAAGGACAACUUUGAGUUCCUGGAGUGGAAGGACGGCUCCUACGGUUCAGUGGCCCAGCAUUCAGUCAGGACCUGCCCGGGUGUUGGCAUCUACGUUGGGAAGAACAAGUACGGCCUCGGGAAGGUUGUUCCUCAGUUCGAGGCCUUCUUUCUGCCUUGGGAAGGCGAUGAGUAUUGGUACAAGAGUUACCAGGUCCUGGCCAUCAACAGAGAUGCCUACAGCCAGCAGAUCACUGACGUCAAGUAUGCCAUCGAUGAUGUUGCCAUCUUCCAGUAUCCUCCUGAGACCAUGCGCAUCUCCGGGGUCACCAACAACGACUGCCAGACGGUGGUGAAGACAGUCACCAUCUCAAAGACCACAGAGGUGGAGACCACCUGGAACAUCGGCCGAUCCACCAUGUUGGGUGUCACUGGCAGUAUCACAGCUAAAAUCCCCUUCAUCGGCACUGGGGGCAUUGAGCUAGGUGCAGAGAAGACGCUGCAGUUCUCCAGGGGAACCACAGUGGUGGAGUCGCUCAGCCACUCCGUGUCUGUGGAGCUCAGCAUCCCGCCAAACCACUCCUGCAGAGUCCGUAUGGAAGGACGCAAGCUCAAAGCCGACAUCCCCUAUACAGCCCGCCUCAGCCGCACCUACCGCAAUGGAGAGACCCAGUGGACGUCCAUCUCGGGGACAUAUGACGGAGUCCAGAUCGGAGAAGUCCGAGCCGUGGUGGACCGCUGUGAACCGGUAGCUGACGCUAAGCCAUGUCCUUAAAAGACUGAUGUAAAACUCAACAAAAGAUAUCGUUUGAAACAACAUCUGAUAUUUGAGAUAUUAAAAGCAAAUGAUGUGUCACAAUAAAAAAAAUAUGCCAUGCACAUGCUGUGUGGUAA